AUUUCGAUGCGUGAGAGCGGGCCAACUUUUCCUGUAUUUUCGUCCUCCCACUCUUGAAGCCCACUCUGGCUCCACCUUUCCUGUUUUGUGGUGUUUGUACCCGUCACAGCAAACCAGCACUGCACUACGGCGGUAUAAGACUGCCCAGAGUUGCGACCUUCGACGAGGCUCUUCCAAGUUUUCCCUGCAUCUCUUCUUCUCAGUCCCACCGUUUGUGUGCCAUACUUCUCCAAAGCUGUUCCACAUGCAAUCUGCGGCGCAGUGCCUUGUCCCGACCUUCGCCACCACCGGGAGAUCCUGAGCGAACCAUUCCGUGUCUCACACGGAGUACUGUCCAGAAUUUCCCUCCUACCUUCCACGAUGUCAUCAUCCCCCGAGCUCAAAGCCACCAAGGAGGCUCCCUCGAGCCAACGGGUCUCCACAAGCUCCAGCGAUGGCUCCCCCGUACGACACAACUCGGACGGCCUGCACCGGCGGCUGGACAACCGACAGAUCCAACUAAUCGCCAUCGGCGGUACCAUCGGCACCGGUCUGUUCGUGACCAUCGGCGAGGGUCUCGCAAAGGGCGGGCCCGGCAAUCUUCUCCUAGCCUACACGCUGUACGCCUGCGUCGUGGCACUCGUCAACAACUCUAUCGCGGAAAUGUGUACCUACAUGCCUGUCUCGGGCGGCUUCAUCCGCCUCGCGGGUGUGUGGUGCGACGAGGCUCUUGGUUUCAUGGUCGGCUGGAACUACUUCCUCUAUGAGGCACUGCUCAUCCCGUUCGAGGUGACCGCGCUCAACCUGGUCCUCUCUUUCUGGAGCGAUAAGGUCACCGAGCCCGGUCCCACGGCGGGCAUCUGUGCUGGCAUCAUCAUAUGCUAUGGUCUCUUGAAUGUGGUUGCUGUGAGCGUGUUUGGUGAAGCGGAAUUCUGGCUGUCCGGUGGCAAGGUGAUACUCAUCUUCAUCUUGUUCCUGUUCACGUUCAUCACCAUGGUCGGAGGGAACCCGGCCCACGAUGCCUACGGGUUCCGCUAUUUUACCAAUCCCGGAUCCUUUGCGACGUAUCUGACUGCCGGUGACACGGGCCGGAUGGAAGGCUUCAUGGGAGCUCUGGCCACUGCCACCUUCACCGUCGUCGGUCCGGACUACAUCUCGAUGAUCGCUGCCGAGGCCAAGCACCCCAGCCGCUACAUCAAGUCAGCCUUCAAGACUGUCUACAUGCGAUUCGGCCUCUUCUUCUUCGGCGCUGCCUUGACAUGUGGAAUCGUGCUGCCCUACAACGACCCGGUCCUCCAGAAGAUCUACCUCAGCGGCGGCGGCGGCGGUGGCACGGCUGCCGCCUCCCCUUGGGUCAUGGCCAUGGAGAACCUCAAGAUCCAAGGACUCCCCCACCUGGUGAAUGCACUGCUCUUCACGACAAUCUUCUCCGCUGGUAACACGUACACCUACUGCGCGACCCGGUCCCUCUACUCCCUGGCCGGCGACGGCCGCGCCCCGGCCUUCCUCCGAAAAACCGCCCCUAACGGCGUCCCCAUCUACUGCUUCGCCGUCACCAUGAUCUUCCCUAUGCUGUCCUUCCUCCAGUGCGGCAACGGGUCCGCCACGGUCCUCAAGUGGCUGCUGGCUCUCAUCACAGGCGGCGGUGUGAUCAACUAUAUUGUGAUGUCGAUUACAUUCCUGAACUACCACGCCGCGUGCAAGGCCCAGGGAGUGGACCGCCGCACCAUGCCAUACUACGGAUACCUUCAGCCCUACGGCGCUUGGAUCGCCCUCGUCCUGCAGACCAUCGUCGUCCUCACCUACGGCUGGUCCUCCUUCCGGCCGUCCUUCGACGUCGGGACAUUCUUCUCCAACUACACCAUGCAGAUCGUGGCCCCUAUCCUGUUCAUCUUCUGGAAGGUCUUGAAGCGUACCAAGUGGAUCAAGCCCCAGGACGUCGACCUUGUCUGGGACCGCCCCCUUUUGGAUCGGUACGAGGAGGACCUGCUCGUCCGCGAGCCACCGAGCAGCUUCUGGAAGGAGAUGGUGCAGAUGGUUGGCAUUGGGCGAAACAAGAUCAUUGACGGCGAGAAGGUUUGAAGACCUAUGAUUAUGUGACGGAUAGUUACGAAGAUACCCUUUUUGCUACAAGUUCAGAUAUUAUGGGAUGAAUACAUCACUUCGCCCGCCA